AUGGCCUUGUGCACCAUCCACGCGUACUUUCAGGUGUUGGACGAGGCAAAGGCCAUGUCCGUCAUGAAGGAUUUCAUCGAGAGCACCAAGGCUGAGAAAGGCUGCCUGUGGUAUGCCUGGGACAGAGCCGGUGACAAGCUCUUCUGCAAUGAGGCCUAUGCGGAUGCGCAGGCCGUGCUUACCCACAUGGAGACUUUGGGGAAGGUGGGCAACUUCGAUGGCGCCGCCAAGCUCACCAGCAUCGAGUUCCACGGCCCCUCAGUCGAGCUCGAGAAGCUGCGGGACACCGCCAAGGCCGUGAACGCCGUGAUGUUCACCGAGGACCAGAAUGCCAGCUUCAUGCACCCAAUGGCCCCGGGAGCGGCCACGGCGGCGGCCCCUGCAUCGCUGUGCACGGUGCAUGCAUACUACGACCUGACGGAUGAGGGCAAGGCGGAGCCCGUGCUGGCCGACCUGGCGGCGAAGACGAAGACGGAGAAGGGAUGCGUCUACUAUGGCUGGACCAAGGCGGGUGACACGCUCUUCUGCCGCGAGGGCUACUUGGACAGCGAGGCCGUGCUGGCCCACCUCAGCAACGUCGCCUCCUGCAACGGCCUUGCCACCUGCACACGGCUCCGGCGCCUUGAGAUCCAUGGCCCGGCCCCUCAGCUCGAAAAGCUCCGAAAGCCUGCGGAGCAGAUGAAAGCCCAGUGCUUCGAGCGCCACGCGGGGUUCCAGCGCGUGGAGAUGGCCACAGCCGUCAAGGCCUCACCGGUGGGCGGCCUCCGGUUGGGCGGAAGCGUGCUGCGCGACUUCUGCUCAAUCCAUGCUUACUACAAGGUGACGGACGAGGCAUCUCUGGGCGGCCUCCUUGCGAAGUUUGAGGCGAGGACGAAGGCUGAAGCAGGCUGCCUCUGGUAUGCCUGGGACCGGGCAGGCGACCGGCUCUUCUGCAACGAGGCCUACGCCAGUGCUGAGGCGCUCUUGGCCCACGUGCAGCAUUUGGAGAAGGUGGGCUCCUUACAGGGUGCCGCCAAGCUCACGGACAUCGAGUUCCAUGGGCCCUCGGCAGAGUUGGAGAAGGUCAUGGGCACUGCAAAGAAGCUCGGGGCUGCCCUCUUUGCUUUGGAGUCCGAUGUGAACUUCAAGCCCGUGGACCUCCGCCCAGAGGGCCAGCCCGCCGACCUCUGCACCAUGCACGCCUACUUCAACGUGGAGGAUGAGUCGGGCGUGAAGGGCGCGCUCUCGGAGCUGGUGCAGAAGUCCCGCGCUGAGGAGAGCUGCAUCUACUACGGCUGGACCCGCGCGGGGUCGAAGCUCUUCUGUCGGGAGGGCUACACCAGCGCGGAUGGCAUCCUGGCCCACCUGGUGAAUGUCUCCACCUGCGGCGGCCUCACGAAGUUUGCCAAGCCCUAUCGCAUCGAGAUCCAUGGGCCCAAGGCUGAGAUUGCCAAGCUCAAGGACACGGCCGACAAGAUGGGUGCAGUCUGCUACGAAAGAAGCUCGGGCUUUCAGCACUUCCAGGCCAAAGCAUCGCUGGCUCUUGCCAGAACCGGAGGUGAUGGCCUGGAGCAGCUCAAGAAGAUGUUCCUGAGGUUGGCCUCGGUGCUGAAGUACUUCGGCCUCGGGGGGCAUGCGGUGGAGAUCUUCCUGGCGCUCAUCGGCAGGCUCCUGCGGCGUAGGCUGACGCUCUUCCGGGCCCGGUGGAUGAACCUCGCCGCCAGCUUCCUGAUCAUCGCGGGGCACCUUGCAGAGCAGAGCAAGCAGCAGGAGGAGACCCAUCAGUACCUCGACCGCAUCGCCAUCCUGGAGACGCAGCUCUUACGGCUGCAGGUCCGCGAGAAGGCGCAAUGA